GACCAUUCAUUUUAGCAUUCUGAAGAUUCUCCUGUUUUUCUUUCGUUCCGUUGAUAAUUAGACUUCUCUUUGUUUAGGUAAGUCUUUGAACAAUUCUACUUUAGGUUGGCGAUUAAGCUUUAAUCGAUUCAGUGAUUUUAGCUAUUCGAUUUGUAUGAAUGUUGUGAAUGAAUUCUUUGUCUUGUACUGAUUGAUUGUUCUGAAUUUCUUAUGAUACAGUUGCUAAUCGAAGAUGUCAGGACGUGGUAAGGGAGGCAAGGGUUUGGGAAAGGGAGGAGCAAAGCGUCAUCGUAAGGUGCUCCGAGAUAACAUUCAGGGAAUUACCAAGCCGGCGAUUCGGCGUCUGGCUCGUAGAGGAGGCGUGAAGCGUAUCAGCGGUCUGAUCUACGAAGAGACCCGUGGAGUCCUCAAGAUCUUCUUGGAGAAUGUGAUCAGAGAUGCCGUCACCUACACUGAGCACGCUCGCCGGAAGACGGUCACCGCCAUGGAUGUGGUGUAUGCUCUCAAGAGGCAAGGCCGUACCCUCUACGGGUUCGGCGAUCCUCUCGAUAAGGACAUGGAUUUCGAUUCUGCAGCAUCCGCUCUUAGUGUCCAUUCUAUCAAAAAAGAAAAGGACAAAAGAAAAAGAAAUGGAUCGAAUACUCCCCUUGCUGUGGAUGGGCUCGACGUUUUGAGCUGCCUUUUUGCGAGUUUUGAAGUUCGUAAUUUGCCGAAUAUGAAUCAAGGAGGCACAACUCAUACUCUUUCUGCCCUGGAUUCCAAUUCGCUUGAGAAGCACCCUAUUGCUGAUCCAAGUCAAGCUAAUGUGUCUUCAUACUAUGCCCAAAUUAGCUCUGCACCGACUCGGACCACCUAUGGGGCAAUUAAUUAUUCCAUUGAAAAUGGGAGUGCUUCCAGUUCUACAUAUCAUCAUGGUCAACAAGCAGAAUUAAUAUCGAGGAACGUCCAAGAUGGUUUAAAUGCGCCACCUGUUGCCUCCACUUCAACUUCCGGUGUAGUAAAUGCGCCCCAAGAUUAUAGUAGCUAUUCAGCCUAUCAGAAUACAGAUCCAUAUGGAUAUGGCAAUACAGGAUACACACCUCAGUACAAUGGUUACCAGCAGCCAACUAGCCAAUCAUAUCAGCCGCCAGUAGGAGCAUACCAAAACUCAGGUGCUCCUUAUCAGCCUCUUUCCUCAUUUCAGAAUACAGGGUCUUAUGCUGGGCCUGCAAGUUAUUCAGGCACUUACUACAAUCCUGCUGAUUAUCAGACGUCUGGAGGUUACCAGAAUGGUGCUUACAGUAACCAGACAAACUAUUGGCAGGAGGGUCAGUACACAAGUUACACCCCCCAGCAAUAUCCGAACUACUCGCAGGAUCCAACUACUUUGUACAGUUCAACAACUAGUACGGAAACUUCUCAGUAUGCGGAACACUAUAAGCAGUGGGCUGAUUAUUACAAUGCACAAACUGAAGUCAGCUGUGCUCCUGGCACAGAAAAUGUUUCUGUUCCUGUGACAUCUAGUCUUAGUUGUUCCGUUCCUGCUGUAAAUGGUGGAUAUCCAGCUUCACAGAGUCAGCAAACUUCUGCACCACCUCCUGCUCCCUAUGUUCCCUCUUGGAGGCCAGAGUCAACUACGUCUGAAUUCCAUGGGACACAGCCUGCUGCAGCCGGUACUGGUAACCAAGAUGGCUACUGGAAUCUUGGGAUUCAUAAUCAAAAUUCUGGUGCAGUGCAACAGCAUGCACAGACACCUCUAGACACAAGUUCCCCAUAUGGAGCUUUCCAGAAUCAACAGACGUCUGUGGCACAUACUUAUGGAGCUUCACAUCAGGUUCCUCAAAGUUAUCAAUCAUCUUCACCAUCUGUUUCACAAACUGUUCCACAGGUUGAUCCCCGAAGGGUAACCAGCAAAUUGCAGAUUCCAACAAAUCCUAGAAUCGCUUCAAAUCUGGGUUUAAGUUUGUCAAAAGCAGACAAGGAAAACCCUGUAAGUGGCAUAGCUUCAAAGCCAGCCUAUGUCAGUGUUUCACUUACGAAGCCAAAUGAGAAAGUGCAAGCUGAAGAUACUAUAGCUGAUUCCAAUUUGAAGCCUGAUUUGUUUCCAAAGUCACUCCGGGGUUACGUGGAGAGAGCUUUGGCUCGCUGCAAAGGUGAUGCCCAAAUGGCAGCUUCUCAAGCUGUCAUGAAAGAGAUUAUCAAAAAGGCAACUGCUGAUGGUACUCUACACACUCGAGACUGGGAUACUGAGCCUCUUUUCCCUCUGCCAAAUGCAGAUACACCUAAUCAGGGCGUUCUGCCGUUCUCAAGCCCUGCUGCUUCUUUGCUAAAGAGCAGAAGAAGCCCCAGUCGACGAUCCAAAAGUAGGUGGGAACCUGUGUCAGAGGAGAAGCCAGCUGAUAAGCCCACCUCUGUUUCCCGUGAACCUUCAAAAUAUGGUGAAUGGAACAAACAGUUUACUGGCGGAAAAUUUGAGCAUAAGGUUGAUCGUUGGAAUAACUCAAAGUUUGCUUCACCAGACCAAAAGAGCUCCAAUAAAAGUGCCCCAAGGGCAGCUAAGAGGCAGCGCAUACUCGAUAGCCACAAUGCGGUUGAUAAUGGUGACGCUUCCAGUGAGAGUGACAAGGAACAAUCUUUAACGGCAUAUUAUUCCGCUGCAGUAGCACUUAGUGAUUCACCGGAAGAAAGAAAGCGACGUGAAAGUCGCUCGAAACGUUUUGAAAAAGGAAACAGUAAUCGGGCUGAAUAUAGUCAAUUAAGGCCCAAAAAUGCUGGGGCUAGGAGUUUGUAUAGUAGACGAGCUAGUGCGUCGGUGCUUACCAAAAGCUUCGAAGAGAGUAAUACCAAGGCUGUUGAAGAUAUAGAUUGGGAUGCUUUGACUGUCAAAGGGACCUGUCAGGAAAUUGAGAAACGUUACUUGCGCCUUACUUCAGCACCUGAUCCUGCCACGGUAAGACCUGAGGAAGUGUUGGAAAAAGCUCUCCUUAUGGUUAAGAGUUCUGAGAAGAAUUAUCUAUACAAGUGUGAUCAGUUAAAAUCUAUUCGGCAAGAUUUGACUGUGCAGCGUAUCCGCAAUGAGCUUACUGUCAGGGUUUAUGAAACUCAUGCUCGUUAUGCAAUUGAAGUGGGGGACUUGCCCGAGUUUAAUCAGUGCCAGUCUCAGUUGAAAACCCUUUAUGCUGAAGGAAUCAAAGGAUGCCAAUUGGAAUUUGCAGCAUACAAUUUACUUUGUGUAAUCCUUCACUCUAAUAAUAACAGAGAUCUCCUGUCUGCAAUGUCAAGAUUAUCGGCUGAAGCAAGGGAAGAUGAUGCUGUGAGACACGCUCUUGCAGUCCGUGCAGCAGUAACUUCGGGGAAUUAUGUUCUAUUCUUCAGGCUAUAUAAAGUGGCUCCGAACCUCAAUACACUUCUAAUGGAUCUCUACGUGGAGAAGAUGCGUUAUACAGCUGUGAAAUGCAUUUCUCGUUCGUAUCGUCCAACUGUUCCUGUAGCAUACAUUGCUCAGGUGCUAGGCUUCAGUAGCAAUGAGAAAGAAAAUGAGGGAGUGGAGGAAUGUGUUGAAUGGUUAAAGGCUCACGGUGCAACUCUAACUAAAGAUAGCUCUGGGGAGAUGCUUCUUGAUGCAAAGGUAUCUAUGUCAAACCUGUUCAUGCCUGAACCUGAGGAUGCCGUAAGCCAUGGAGAUGCCUACCUUGCAGUUGAUGAUUUUUUUGCACGAAAUCCGGCAUAA